AUGAACAUUGAAACAGAUGAAAUCCGAUUGGGCGUAUACCGUGGACUCUUUAAUCCUGACUCGCUGAUUAGUGGAUUCGAGGACUCGGCAAGCAACUUCACUAGAGGCUUUCAUUCUGUCGCACAGACACUGAUGGGAAAAACGAUGAAUUCCAUUCGACACGAGGUCGAGCGCACCAACAACCUUCAGGCCCUCUUUUUGUACCAUUCUUACAGUGGCGGCACAGGAGCUGGUGUGACAUGCCGUAUUCUGCAAGCCUUGGAACUUGAAUAUCCAAAGACUCCUAAACUCCAGUUAACAGUGUUUCCAGGCAACACAAUGUGCGCCUCUGUUGUGGAGCCAUACAACACAGUUCUUUGCUGUAGCGUUUCGGACCCACAGUCUGAUGUCACUAUUCUCGUGGACAACGAGGCGCUAGUGAAGAUGUGUACGAACCUACUGAAAAUUGACCGACCCGUCUACACCAACCUCAACCGAAUAAUGUCUCAGGUGUGCUAG